UAGUGACAGAACCCCGAAAGAUUCCGGCGCUGUGCCGCUCGCCAAACACCCACCAAAACCCCACCAAAAACGCAGUUUCUCUCUAGUACAUCAGGACUAGGAAAACCCUUUGCUCCCCGAGUGAUAUAUAUCGGUCAAACGUGGGAACACACAAACACAAGAAGGCGAGCCUCCUCUCCGGAUCUUGACGCUGCUUCUAUUCUCGUUCGCCAUGUGUGGUGGCAGACGGCGCCGUCGCGGCGGCUCUGAUGCGACGGCAGGAGAGUCCGGCGGGCGGGGCUUCUGCGGGCCAGCGCUCGCCGUCCUGGCCCUGGCGGCCGCCGCGGCGGUCGCGUUCCAGGAGGGCACCGCCGGCGGCGUCGCCUACGCGGGCGACGGGUGGUUCCACGAGUGCGCCAAGUGGGACGCCGAAGGCGGGAGGUUCCUGGUGUCCACCUUCUUCGGCUCCGGCGUGGCCGAGGUGCGCGUCGGGGCGGGGGCAGAGGAGGCCCUGGCGGAGCGGGUCGUCGUGGCAGACCCCGAGGUGGCCGGGAGGGUGGCGCUGGGGCUCGUCGUGGACGCGCCCAGGCGGCGGAUCCUCGUGGCCUACGCCGACAGGCCUCCGAGCUUCGGGUACGCCGCCGUGGGCGCGUACGAUCUUCGCUCGGGGCGCCGCCUCUUCCUCGUCCGGCUCGACGGGCCAGGCGAGUCCUCGUUCGCCGACGACGUGGCCGCAGACGAGGACGGCAACGCGUACGUGACCGACAUCCUGGGCAACAAGAUCUGGAAGGUGAGCCCGGACGGCGAGCCGCUCUCAGUCAUCAAGAACGCCACCUUCAGGCAGCGGCCCGGGACGAUGGACAACCUCAUCGGCCUCAACGGCAUUGUCUACCACCCCAACGGCUACCUCCUCGUCGUCCACACCUCUGGCGGCGACCUCUUCAAGGUGGACCCCAAGACGGGGGCCGUGAGCGUCGUCAGGGUGCGGGGCUCUCUCAAGAACGGCGACGGGCUGGAGCUGAUCUCCCCGACGAAGCUGGCCGUCGCCGGCAUGCCGAGCAGGCUGGUCGAGAGCUCUGACGACUGGGAGACCGCAAGCGUCACGGGACGGUAUGUCGGCCCGGUGCACCGGAUUGGGUCGUCAGCGACGGUGAAGGACGGGGACGUGUACGUCAACCACAUCGUCGGGUUUGGUCUCAGCAGGAAGAAGACGCACGUCCUCGCCAAGGCGGUGUUCGCGCCUUUGUAGUUAGGCGCGGUGCCUCUGGGCAUGUCUGUUUUAACUUACUUGAGAGUAUUUCUUCGCCAUCGUCAACGUGUGGGGUGUGGCUACCACUCUUCCCGUCCCUCCAAAGAGAAAUAGCCUCCAACUAAGAGCAUCUCCAACAAACGCGUGCUAGUGCGGCGCCCAAUUCAGCCCGGUCCAACGGACCCACCUGCAGCAGCUUAGAGUUUGCUGCGCGCGUAAACCGGCGCACCAAAUAUGUUGUGCGCGAUAGCGUUUUUAAGCGUGUGUCCAAAACAAUUUAGUGCGUACUAUUUUACAGCGUCUAUUGGAGUUGUUCAGCUCCCAAAAAACGAAUCUUUUAGCGCGCAGAGUAGUUUUUAGGCGCCUGUUGGAGAUGCUCCCAGGGAUGAAGUUCAUGUGCAGAUGUUGCCAUUUUAUAUCAGGAUGUUGACACACGAA